UUGAGGUCGCUUUCUCUUUAAAAAACCUUUCCGGUAAUCCUGUAACGUUAAUUUUGUCCGCCGUUCAGUUAUGAGCACCGAGCUACCUUUUCCUGUGCGUGCGUGUGACAACGAGCGCGGAUCCGCUUGCGACGUAAUACGCUCAGGAGCCGUCAACGUGUUUACCUGAACGGUGAGGAGACAACGGAGCGAGCCAAUGUCCUCUUUUACCGUUCAUCGCACUCCUCGCGUGUCCGGAGCCGUGAUUGCACAGGCGGUGGAGGGGAAUCGGUGUGUAAAACGCGAUCUGCCCGAGCGAAGCGCGAGAGAGGCGCCCAGCACAAAUGGCAACUUGUGCAGUGAGGAGUUUUAGCAGUGUGCCAGAGGCAACCUCAGAUUCAGAUGAUGAAGACAAACUGCACAUUGCAGAGGAGAACAGUAUUGCUGACGAUCCCGACCAAAAGUCCUCAGUAUUCCAGCUCGAAGCAGCACAGCAGCUCUCUGAAACAUGCACACAGAAUGAUGGCAGCCUGGGGCCAGAUACUUUAAUAGAAGAAAUAAGGGUCAAAGAGGAGUGUGUCACUGAUGAGGAAGAGGGUGCUGAUGAUGAAGUGGACGAUGAGGAAAAGCAGUUGGAAACGGAGCACGUUUACUCAGACGUCCCAGAGGAGCCUCAGAGAACGCCAGAGCGAGGGGUCCACGAUGAGAACGGUACUCCUGACGCAUUCCCGCAGCUGCACACCUGUCCGCACUGUUCCCGCGGUUACAAGCGUCACACAUCGCUGAAGGAGCACAUUAAACUACGCCAUGAGAAGAGUGAGGACAACUACUGCUGCUCCCUCUGUAGCUACACCUUCACCUACCGCACGCAGCUCGUCCGUCACAUGACCGCACACAGACACAUCCGGGAGCAGCGGACUAUUACUCAGUCAGGCGGAAACAGAAAGUUCAAGUGUACAGAAUGCUCCAAGGCUUUCAAAUACAAACAUCACCUAAAGGAGCACCUACGCAUACACAGUGGUGAGAAGCCCUAUGAGUGCUCUAAUUGUCAGAAGCGUUUCUCACACUCGGGGUCCUACAGCUCUCACAUCAGCAGUAAGAAGUGUGCGAGUGUGACCCCUGCGGUCAAUGGCCUUCCUCGCACACCUGGAGUGAAAACGGCUCUUACUGUUUCUCGCCCCACACACAUCCUUCUAAGGGAGAAGACGGACAUUACCAACAAGCCUCUACAAGAGCAGCUCCCCCUGAAACAGAUCAAACAGGAGCCUGUCGAGCAGCAACCUAAACCUGCGCCAGCAACACCCAUGAUAGCUGCCGCCACUACCAAUGGAGUCGUGGCUCCACAAGGCGUUGUCCAGACACUGGUCCUGCCCACUGUUGGGCUUGUCCAGCCAAUCAGCAUCAACCUUAGCGACUUACAAAAUGCGCUUAAUGCAGCAAUGGAAGGGAAUGUUAUUAGGCAGGUGUUGACUAGCACCAAUGCAAACGGAACAAACGCUAAAAUCGUAGGUCAAGUGCCGGCGCAGGCGCAAGCUGUCGUGUUGCAACCGCAGCAGGCGCAGCCGCAGGUGAUCUCUGCCAUCUCUCUGCCGGUUGUGGGACAAGACGGAAAUGCCAAAAUUAUCAUCAACUACAACCCCCAGCUGGAUUCACAACUCAAGGCAUUAAAAGUGAACACAACACAGCCCACAGCAACACAAACCAGUAUGGCGCAGGCAAAAUCUACAGUGUCCGACAUCGUACAGCCAAACGUGGUGCAGUUUCAGUCAGUGCAGUCCAACUCGACUGAAACCCAAACAUCAUGUACCCCGAAACCUACACAGGUAAACAUCAUUAAACCAGUCCAAGCUGGAAACCUCAGCAAACCGGCGUCUAUCAUCAAAAUAACGCCUGCACAGGCUGCCAGGCUGGUUCAAAUGCGGGCGGCACAACCAAAGCUCAGCCAGCAAACUUUACUGCUGGUGAGAAGGGCAGAUGGGACACAGAGCCUCGUGGUUCGACAGAUACCUGUCACCAAUUCCAACACGCAGAGCACUGAGACUAAAUCAUCCCCGGAGAAGACUACAAACACUCCUCCAGCGGAAGAGGAGACGACUGAAAAUACAGGUUCGCUGGAGGAUAAAUGUGAAAAACAAAACCUGACAGCACCACCAGAAAUCAAAAUUAAAACCGAACCGGCCUCUCCGUCUAAGAUCGAGCCCGAAAUGCAGAGUGAGGAUGACAAAGAGAUGCAGACAGAUGAAAAUAAAGAAGGAGGGAAACAAACAACAGUGACAACUGAGCCAGUCGUACACUCUGGAACGGUUCACUGUGGAGUCACCUGUGGAGAUAACUUCCACAAUUACGCAACGUGUCUGCUUUGUGACAGCUCCCUGGGCAAGCGUAUGCCUUCGGACUGUGAAGACAGUGAUGCCAAAGGGUCGCCCACAACUAUAUCUCUCUCCUCUCUACUGGAUAAGGAUAAGAGUGGAGCGGCAGAACGCCUCCUUCCUCUUCUGAAGGCCUACAGUCAGAACCCAGAGCCUAGCGAGGAGCAGCUGUCUCAGGUUGCUAAGACAGUCAGGUUACCUCUAGAGGCGGUCAUCAAGUGGUACCAGAAGAUGCGCUCCAAGAGGAUACUGCUCCAGGCUGCAGGCAACCUGAAAGAAAACAACCAAGAGAAAACUACACCAUCUGCUGUGCCUGAAGGAAUGAGCCCUACUCAAGACACCUGCACUCCCACUCAAUCCCUUGAUGGCACCUCUGCGGACUCCCAAAAUGGAAGCGCCGCUUCACCCGCCUCCCCUCCAGCCAGCGUCUCCACCGAUGACCUCGUCAUUGUAAAGACCGAAGACAUGGAGGAGGAACUGCAGUGUGAACCGCUGGAUCUCUCGCUUCCAAAGUCCAGCUCCACUCAAGCCAGCACCACAACUAAGCUGCCGGUCUCCACCCAAAAGGAACCACUUAACCUCACCUGCCUCAAGAAGCAACCGCUGCCAGGCAACACCAUCUAUGUGACGCAGGCCGGCACGGGUCCACUAAACAUUGUGACAACUACAUUGCCAACACUGGUUGCCAUAGCAGAGCCAGGAGGUGUUUCGUGCAUUGGCACAGCAAUAUCCGGUAACAAACGAACCAUCCUCAUCCCUCAGCUCACCUACACCUACACCACCAACCCCAGCGUCAAAACACCUGACAACUCCCUGACAGACACAAAGGGGACCGUGAUCCUCAACAGCUGUACGAAGGUGGUGGACACCGCUUCGGACUGCGUGUCAGAAGACCAGAAUGAUGAAGACUCACCUCUAAUGAAGAAGAAGAGGAAGACCGUCGGUGGCCAGUACGCCUGCGAUCUGUGUGACAAAGUCUUCCAGAAGAGCAGCUCACUGCUGCGACACAAGUAUGAACACACAGGUAAGCGGCCUCACGAGUGCGCCAUCUGUAAUAAAGCUUUCAAACACAAGCACCACCUGAUCGAGCACACGCGACUACACUCCGGAGAGAAGCCCUACCAGUGUGACAAGUGCGGGAAACGCUUCUCUCACUCAGGCUCUUAUUCUCAGCACAUGAACCACCGGUACUCCUACUGCAAGAGAGACACUCAUGAGCUGCCGGAGCAGGUCAGCACCUCCACUCCUCCCUCUCAGCUCGACUCGGACGAGAGAGAGAGCGACGGAGAGGAGGAAGAGGGUUUGACCGCUCUGGACAUGAGCGAUAUCAGAGUGGUGCGAGUGGGAGAGGAAUACGAGGAUGAGGAGGAGAGCUGUGAAGAGGAAGAGCAGGACCAAGGACGUGAGGAGCAAGAAACAGAGGAAGGAGGAAUGGUGAUGGAGGUGGAUCUCGGAGAUACUGACACUUUGGAGGAAGAAAACGUUGAAACGGAAGAUGCUAUGGAGACGGAGGAGUCAAAGGAAGAGGAAGCAGUUCUCACAAAUAAGGAAGACAACACAGAGAUGGCAACUGAGGACUGAAGGGUGAACGCUCUUUUUCCUGUCACUCAUGUGCGACUAAUGAAAGAGGUGACGAGCUCUUCAUCUUAAUCUUACAGUCGUCAGUUGCUAUGAAAACUGUGUCUCAGCUCUUUACUGUGUAUAAAACCCAGGUGUGCCUGAUUUACAAAACAAUAUUUCCUUGUUUUAAAAAAAAGAAAGAAAAAAAAAAGAGAGAGAGAAACCGAAACUCCAACUCAACUAGACUUCGCAGGACUUCAAAGUUUCAGUUGUUUGGCUUUGUUCCGUUACCGAGCCGCUGAAUUAUUGGUAGGUCGAAUUAUCAGUGUUCACGUGUUUUUGUUGCUCUGUACAGUCAGAUUUCUAUACCUUUAUAUUUGCCAAUGAAGUUUACGAAAAUCAGUAUUUUAAAGUUUUGAGAAACAAAACUAAAUUCUGCACUGCAGGUAUAACUGGUUUACUUACGGGGGUGAUUCUCAUGAAAACUGUCAAGAAGGGUCAUAUUUCACUUGAGAAAAAAAAAAGAACAUUUUUAUUUUGCAUGAAGACAAUGAAGCCUAUUUUUAAAACCAUCACAGAUAUUUUUUAACGAAAAAUUUUUAUUGUCUGAAGCAUUUAAGAACACCUGCAAAUAAGCACUGAUUUUAAUUUAUGCCAUAAAAUGUUUUAUUGAUGCUUAUUUAAAAUUUAUAUAUAUCUAUAUAGUGUCCAAAUAGAAUGGUUUUUAUUCCUGUGUUACAGUAUUAAAUCAACUUAAUUGUGAAAAUGCUCAAUCCUUAAAGUAGACUAUUUUCUUAAUGCAAAAUAAAAUAUUUUUCAACUCCAUUUUUUUUUUGGGUGAAAUAUGACCUGGACAUUUCUUUGUGAGAUUAACCACAGAUACUUAAUGCCUCAAGUUUAAGAUACCAUUCAGUAUUUUUUCUUGUUAAUCAGGCAAGAUUUUGGUAGCAUUGCCUCAUUUCCCCAUCUGAUUGUUUAUCUGCCUUAUGAAGGAAAUUAAAUUGCACUUCACUAUUAAGAGCUCAUUUAUAAAAAGAAGAAAAAUGAGUUAAUUAUGGUAAUAUUCAUAGGAAUGCUUAUCA